AUGCACCUCGUUUGGGCCGUGGUCACCCUCUCGGCCACGGCCGUCCUUGCCUGGCCUUGGGCAACUCCGCCCCAACGGCCAGCCCAUGAUGAAGCCCGCAGCUGUAGUUCCAACUGCGGCUCUACCUUGACCGACGUCAGCAUAUUCCAGGAUAUGCUCUCCGCCCUGCACAACCUCCAGGAUGUCUACUUCCAGCGCUGGGUCGGCACCUGGCCCAAGGGCAUCGACUGGACGCGUGCGGUGAUGGCUACUCACGUUGCCGCCGCGCUGAGGACAAUUUCGGACCAGCUAGUCCGCGAGCUUAAGAGUGACAAUAAGAAGGCAGACUCCCACGUCACCACUACCCAGCUUGACACCAUCUCCCUCUAUUUCACCGACCUAGUUGCCUACUACUUCGGCGAGGAUGCAUUCGCCAUCCGCAACCAAGCCUACGACGACAUGCUAUGGGUCGUGCUCGGCUGGCUGGAAUCGAUCCAAUUUGUCCACAACCACGGCAAGCUCCUCGCCCAAUACCCGUCCCUCCGCCAGUCUUCUCCCGCAGCCGUCGAUAGCAACGAGUGGUACGGCCACCGCUGGAUCCCCGCCUUCGCCCAUCGCGCUAGGGUCUUCUGGGAGCUGGCGGCCAAGGGCUGGGACACCAAGCUCUGCGGCGGCGGCAUGAUCUGGAACCCGCGCCUGUUGCCCUACAAGAACGCCAUCACCAACGAGCUGUUCAUUGCCGCCUCCAUCGGGAUGUACCUCCACUUCCCCGGCGACGAGAAUGAUUCGCCCUACACAUCCAACAUCAAGCUCGAGCCCCCCAACAUAAGUCCCAACUUUGGCUGGCACGCGCACGACCCCGUCUUCGGCAGCGCAGCGCAGCGGGGACAUGAUUGGCUGCGCUCGUCAAACAUGACCAAUGACCAAGGCCUGUACGCCGACGGUUUUCAUGUCUCUGGCCUCGGCAAAGAAGGCAACAAUAACACGCGCUGUGAUGAUCGUGAUGAGAUGGUAUACACCUACAACCAAGGUGUCAUCUUGUCCGGCCUGCUGGGCCUCUUCCAAGCCACAGGACAAGAACACUACCUCCAUGAAGGGCACGCCCUGAUACUGAACGUCAUCGCCGCUACGGGGUGGGAUUUGACGCGCAACAAACCCCUCGAGCCGCGCGCAGAGAAUCUGACUUUUUUCCUCGUCCGCGAGGGGAAGUUACCCCGCUGGCACGGCCUCGGCCGGGCUGGGAUUUUAGAGGACGCAUGCGACAUGCGUGGAUCGUGCUCCCAGGACGCGCAGACCUUCAAGGGCAUUUGGAUGCACCAUUUCGCGACGUUUUGUGCGCCGGACGCGCUGGAGUUUGUGCACCCUCGCGCCGGGCUCGACGAACAGACGUUGGAACGGAUCCGUGAUGAGCAUGCGGCGCAGUGUAAGGGGUAUCUCCCCUGGCUAAGGCGGAACGCGAAAGCCGCCCUGGGCACGAGGGAUGAGAAUGGUCUGUUUGGGAUGUGGUGGACGCCGGGGUUGUUGGUUGCUGAGUCGGGGGGGCGAGAUUCGGUCCUAUUGAUGGAGAAUGUCCGAGUCACUGAUGACGCCUUACCCCCGCGUAAGGAGGGGGAGGUGGACUAUCGGAACGAGGGUGUGCCACAGGACGAGGUGUGGAUGGAGAUUGGGCAUGUGUUCGGGCAGGAGAGGGAGUUGCCGCCUGUUGUUGGUGAAGAGGGGGGUCAGAGGCCCCUUGGUGGCAGUGGGAGACAGAUGACGUUGAUGGUGAAUGGGGAGAAAAGGAAUGGGACGUGGAGUGGGAUAUUGCUGCGGAAGGAUGAUGUGAUGGGUAGUAUUGUGUUUGGGAGGGAUCCGAAUGUGAGGGGGAGGGGGAGGACUGUUGAGACGCAGGGCGGCGGGUUGGCUGUGUUGAGGGCGUUAUGGGUUGUUUCUAGGAACGAGGCAUGA